UUGAACACUGACUCAAUCAGGAGCACCUUAAUUUUUCGUAUAAACGAUUUUACUUUGCAGCACAAUACUCAGGGUAUCAACUGCCAAGACUGCAAGAAUUUUUUCUAUCGUCCUUCCGGCGUUUCGCAUUACAACCCUGACGCAUGCCGUCACUGCGAUUGCGAAGCAACUGGUUCCGUCGAUGGCUCAUGCGUGAAGGACGACGGCGAGGCCACACAAGGACUGAGCCCUGGUGACUGUUAUUGCAAACCAGGAUUCGGUGGUCAUCGUUGCGACCGUUGUGCGUUGGGCUACAGAAACUAUCCUGUAUGUGAGCCGUGUCCUUGUUCGAUAGCCGGGUCCCUGAACUACGCUACUUGUGAGGACAGCUGCCAAUGCAAGGAAAACGUCGCCGGCAUCUUUUGCGACCGUUGUAAGCCAGGCUUUUUCAAUCUGGAUGUGGACAACCCGAAUGGCUGCACGGCUUGUUUCUGUUUCGGAAUCAUCAACGAAUGCCAGCAAGUCAACUGGGGGACCGAAAAGAUUAUGGACAUGAGUGGCUGGAUACUGACGGAUGCGGACGGCAAGAGGAGUAGCAGCUUGCUGAAAAGUUCUUUCGGACUGUCGUUGACGGCGAACAGCCGCCAGAUGCAAGACAAAUCACUCGCUUACUGGAAGGCGCCUUCAGCGUACUUGGGAGAUUUGGUAAGUAAUCUCACCUUUUAUCGCAUUCUUUCGUACGGAGGAUAUCUUCACUAUUUCGUCUACUUUGCAGCAGAUGCUCAUGGCCCUCUGACGCCAAUGGCGGAUGUUGUGCUCAAGGGUAACCGAAUGACGAUCGAACACUCGUUGAAAAUGAACUUCCCUGAGCGCGAAAACAUCAGUAUCUCUGUUCGAUUUAGCGAAAUCUCUGAUUGGUUUCAUCGAGAUACGCAUAUCCGAGUGAACAAACGAGAGUUUAUGACCGUUCUUGCUGACGUACAGCUUUUGAUGGUUCGUGCCGUAUAUCACAAGCAUCAGAUGCAGUCCAGGUGCGUAUUUUAG